AUGAACCCUUUACAAGAACAUUCUGCUCAAACAGGUAUCCAUCCUAACACAACCAACGACUUGGAUCAAUCCAGCGGCAUGAACGCACAGUCUCGUAAUGGAGGCGUUUGGAUGAAGAAGCCUGAAGCCAUGGCUGCUGGUACUACUGCUACUACUACUACUGCUGGUUUGGACGACUUGCAUCAACAAAGAGACACCAGUUCAGCUGUUUCAUCCACUCCAUCUGAAUAUGGUUCUGACGACACAAGCCACCGUUCACCACAUGCCAACCAAAGCAGCAGCGAGCGCCCUGUUGCCGAUAGAGAUGCAUUCAUUCAAGCAGAUCAGAGUCAAUGGCAAAAUAAAAUGAGCCCAGCUGAGCGAGCAAAGCAGUUAGCUGCUGAAAUGAAUCAAAAUAUUGAUCGCAGAAGAACAUCUACUGGCAGCGUUGGUGACAAGAUUCUCAAGAUUGGUGGCAAGAAAGAGUAUAAGCUCGACUAA